AUCAAAGGUGACAGACAUCGUCCCUAGAACGAAAAGGACAGGCGAAGAGGAAAACAAUACAUACAUUUUUAAAACAACGGAACAUCAUGUAGCGAGAAAGCAACAGCUGAAACCAGUGGUUAUUCGUCGAAUAACGAUGUCAUCUUGCAAACUUGUGGAUAUCAGGAAGCCUGCGUUAAAAAAAGGAACUCAGUGGUUGGGUUUUAGCAGUUGGAGAAGCGACACAGUCAUUAGUUAUUAUUAGUUGUAGUUUAUUGAUUAAUUUAUGCCUCUGGACUGGACCUGCAUCGAACCUCUUAACUUAAAAGUGCAACAGGUUGGAAGAUGGUGUCUUGGAUUAUAUCUAGGGUCAUCGUUCUUUUGUUUGGGACGCUGUAUCCUGCAUACUACUCUUUUAAAGCCGUCAAAUCCAAGAAUGUCAAAGAAUAUGUGCGAUGGAUGAUGUACUGGAUUGUGUUUGCUCUUUACACUGUGGUGGAGACCAUCACAGACCUUUCUUUGGCUUGGUUUCCAGUUUACUACGAACUGAAAAUGGCUUUCGUCUUUUGGUUGCUGUCUCCCUACACCAGAGGAGCCAGUGUCCUCUACAGGAAGUUCCUACACCCUAUGCUGGCAUCCAAGGAGAGGGAGAUUGAUGAUUAUAUCGUUCAGGCCAGAGAGAGGAGUUACGAGACCAUGGUGAAUUUCGGACGUCAAGGUCUCACGAUUGCGGCUGCUGCUGCUGUCACCGCUGCUGUGAAGGGACAGGGUGCCAUCAGUGAACGUCUGAGGAGUUUCAGUAUUCCAGACUUGACGCAGUUACCCUCUGAACAAUCAGUGUUCUCAAACCCCAGCCGACGGGCCCUCCGGCCAGCUAACCCUAGCGCUGCUGAUUCUGAGCCAGAUAAACAAGCAGAGGAGGGGCAUGAGGAGGAAACAGAUGGAGUAUUCUCCGAAGAUGAGGCGUCAGUGCAAAAGGGUCUGCGAAGAUCUCAGAGUGUGAAACUCACCCGCGCCAAAGCAGCACGUAAAGAGCCUCGCUAUGGCUCUCUGAAGCUGAAACCCAGAAGGCGGCAGUUGAUUACAUCAUCCACUUUUGACCAUCCUUGAUUGUCCAUUACAAACCCACAUGGGAUCAGCAGCAAACCUGCAGUCUAAUCCUCAAUUUAAAACUGUUUAAUCCUAAACUUCGGAUUAAUGCUAAUGCUCUUUCAAAGCAGCACUAAACACAAAACUACAAACAGAUUUACAGAAUGAACAAUGACUUUUACAUUUAUUCAUUUAGUAGAUGCUUUUUCCAAAGUGAUUUACAGAUGUCAAAUACUAAAGUACAAGUGACAAUGAUGCAGAAUGAUGAAUAGAGAAUAUUGCAUGCAGCAUUAUUUGUUCAUAAAAAAAUAAAAAAAUACCAAAGCCUAAUAUGAGUACAGGAAGACUAAGAAUGUACUAAAAAUGUCAUUUAAAAGUGGAACUGAGUGCAUCUGAUCUGUAACUUGAUAUGAACAUGCCUUUGUAGAGACAUCUCUUAUUAGCAUAACGUGGACACAAGAAGCUCAGAUAUAUCCCCGAUGGCCUCGCUCUCCCUCUACAGGGCAGUCAAAGUCAAGGUUUCUGUAGUGUACGCUGUUCAGCCUGUAAUUAAAUUAAGCAGGGGAAAAAACUGACUUAAAAAAUAGUGCAUGUUAACAGGGUUCUGUGUAUGCAUAGGUGUUUCAGCUUGUUAAUGUUUACACUUCUAUAGUUCACACAGAAUUAUAGUUCUUUCAUCAUUUAUUCACCCAUAUGUCAUUCCAAACCCACAUUCUUUUUUAUUUUUUUUUAAAGGAAUGCAAAAGGCAUAUUUUUUAAAAAUAUCCUGUAUGCUCUUUUCCAUGUAAUUUAAAGUGAAUAAGGAUUCGGCCUGUCAAGCAUACUCCAAAAUGACAGAUAAAGUGUCAUGAACAUGCUUUAUUUGACUACAUACAGUACAUCACUUAAAAUGAAAUAAAUAAAUAAAACACUGAAGCCAUUUUUCUCAAGUUCAAUAUUAUUGCAUUUUGUCUUUAGUGAAGUUAACAGUUAUUGACUCAUAAUCUUUGAAAUUCUAAAAUGGACUACUGAAGGUUCGGAAACUGUGCAUGUUGACACCAUUGGUUUAUUUCGGAACUAUCAUGUAAAAGGAAGAUUUAGAAUAAAAUGUAAUGUUCCAAAGAAUUCAUACAGGUUUGGAAUGACAUGAAGAGUAAAUGGGUAAAUUUUUGGGUGAACUAUGCCUUUAACUUUAUAAUCUGUCAUGAAAUUGUGUAACUGUAAUCUUAAAUUGUUUUUAAGUAACAGUGGUUUCAAAAUACAUUUCUUAAGUUUGAAUGCCUUGGGAUUGUAUUUUUAAAAACAUUUUGUGCAAUCCAUUUCAGAGUGAUGUAUCUUCAUUUUAAUCAUGUUGGUUUGUAUACUUAGUCUAUCAUAGUAACAUUUUUAAGCCUUCUCUAAUUUAAAUAACAGCAUGCAUUAAUUAGCAUAUCAUUUGAACAAAACACUCCAGCUUUAUCUUUGCAAAGCAUGACAGGAUUAGGCAUCCUAAGCAUGACAGAUUCAAGAGUGAAUCUGACUAGUUGACAGAAGACCGUUUGUACUGUACUUGUGUAAACAAUGGGAUGAUUUUUCCUUUGUGUGUGUGUGUUGGACAGAUAAAUGUGUGGGAAAAGCC